AUGUCCAAUGUCGCAAACGCCAAGCGAUGCAACAUUAAUUCAGGCUUCAAGCCCGCGGCCAAGAAGAAGAGCUGCGACAUCAACUACUCGAAGUGGGACGCCCUAGAGGACUCCGACGCCGACGACGACGCGGCGACGGAGGGGGGCAGCAGCGGCGGCGCCGCCCGCGCCGCCGAGGGCCAGCCAGUCGGCGGGGCAGAAGGCGUGCGCCACGGGGCCUGCAGCGGUUCCGAUAGGGCUGGGGGCGUUCCGCAGGGAAUUUGGAGGGGUCCCUGGGGGGCCUUGACGUGCGGCUGGUCCCUGUCGUUACCCCACUCCCUGCGCCAUUCGUCGAUAGCGCACCUCUGA